CUGUCACCUAUCCUCAAGCAAACACCGGCGGUACACCAAUAUAUUUGGCGUUCAACAUUGGUGGUGUCGAUACAUUUCCCAAACGACACGAUCAAGAGCGUGCAUGCGAUGAGGAUUUGGUACUUCCUGAGAUUCGACACACCGACACUGGACGCCAUGGCUAAGGAAUGGGAGGAGGCUGGUGCAAAGUAUGUCAGAGAAAAAUACGGCGAUAACCCACUGAUAAAGUGUCACAUCAAGCACUCGCGAAUAGUGGAUCAGGGCCUCACGAACAACGCCAAUCGUCUCAAGCCCUACUUUGCUGUCACUGUAGUCGUACUUAUUGCUUUCACAUCUCUAUAUUCCAUGAAAUGGGACAUCAAAACCGAUGACGGUCUUAGCGUCGGCGUCGAUUGGCUCCGAUCCAAGCCCAUACUAGCGCUCUGGGUGGCGUCCUUUCUUCAGGACUUGCAAUAUUCAGGUGACUCAGUGCAAUCGGUUACACAUCUAUGGUGUGGAAUGUUCUUCGCGGAGAUCACCCUUGUUGCUCCUUUCCUUGUACUUUCUAUCGGAGUCGACGAUAUGUUCAUCGCUGUGGCUGCUUGGCACAAUACCGAGUUGAAAUAUCCA